UUGUUUAUUCCUUAUCUUUGUUUUUACUGCAAUUGCACUGUAUCUAGACCCUUAGUUAACAACCAUUGCCGCUCAUAUAGGUUUCUUUUCUUAUCGCAUAACUUUUUGAACCCUGUUCCUCUGUUUAGGAACUCAACUUGCUUAUUUGAGCGCAGGAAGUACCAUUUCAAGAUCAGGGCUGGCGGCCAGUUUCGAAUAAAGCCCAAAACGAACCACUCCGUUUCCAAGAGGUUCAAAAUCACUGCUACUGGCAAGCUGAUGUACCGCAGGGCCACUACUCAGCACAAGCAGAGGCACAAGAGUCGCGGCGCCAAGGCUCGCCUACACCGCAACGGCAUCCUCACUUCCCUGAGGAUGAUUCGCAAGAUUAAAAGUGUUCUACACAAUCGCUAA